GGCAGGAAACAAUGUUGGUCAAACUCCGGCCAGUCUGAUUUUAAGAGCAGUCAGCAGGCCACCCUUUCUUCUUCCUCCGGUCGCGCGAUUCCCCACCCACCGCCAUUUCUCUGCUGGGCUCGAAACUGGUUGAUUCUCCUGAGGCGAAGCGAUCUUAAUUUCUAGUAUCAGAAACUUCUUUCACAUUCCCUAUUUCUUCCCCAUAAUCGCACCUAACGUGCUUUCAAUUCUUCUCCUAGGCGGCAGAGUGCUGCAUUUGUCAGGAACAAGACAGUCUCAAUAAUUCACAAACCUCCCGAUCACGUAGUGGCAGUCCUAACUCUGAAGGGAACUGGAGGGCUGCUGCAUCGUCCAAAACAAUAGUCUUGCUUUUGUUCGCGGUUCUGAGAUGGAUAACAAGACUCUGCAAAAUACUAAUAGACGCGUGAGUAGUUGGAGGAGGCGAGAGUUGGGGUUUCUGCUUCUCUAUGCGUUGUGUUUUUACUUCUUUAUGAUCCGCCGUUCCCUUCAUCUUUCUCGAGAUCACUAUGUCAAACUCUAUGGCUUGCGUCCCGGUUGGAUCUUUCCUCCUCGUCUCAACGAUUUAUCGGAUGCCCAGUGGAGAAACUUUCGAGGAAACCUGCCCAUUCUAACAAUCGUUUUCCUAAUUUACGCUUUGGUGGCAAAUAUUUUGAGAUCCCAUUUUCUUCUAAGGGCUAAAGGAAUGUCUAUCGUUUGGCUUAUACUUUCCUUCACUUACCUUUCAUAUCUCCAUCAAGCUUGUGUCAUAUUUGUGGUCUCAAUUGCCUCGCUGAAUUUUCUUAUUGUUAAGAUUUUUGCACGAAGAAAGUCCUUUCCAUAUCUACUAUGGACUUUCAAUUUAUUUUUCCUUCUUUGUAAUCGUGUGUAUGAAGGUUAUUCAUUCUCGGMAAUUGGACUACGGUGGUCAUACUUGGACAACUUCCGAGGAACAUUCAGGUGGCAAAUUUGCUUUAACUUUGUUGUUUUGCGCAUGAUAAGCUUUGGAUAUGAUUACCAUUGGGCACAUAGCCAUUCUCAUUUUGAUCAGAAGAAGCAUAAUCAACGUUGCCAAGUUUGCAAAUCAGGAAGAGCUUGCUACCAAAUUUUACAGGAGAGAGGUGUCCAAGAUGACAAGUUCACAUUCACCUUAUACCUCUGCUACUUGGUCUAUGCGCCUCUUUAUCUUGCUGGGCCAAUUGUGAGCUUUAAUGCAUUUGCCUCGCAGCUAGAUGUACCACAGAAUAACUAUACACUUAGAGACUUGGCUUGGUACGGUUUACGUUGGGCAUUCAGCUUUCUCCUAAUGGAACUAAUGACRCAUCUAUUUCAUUACAAUGCCUUUGCUAUCAGUGGUUUGUGGAAACAGUUAUCUCCACUGGACGUGUUCCUUAUCGGAUAUGGGGUCUUAAAUUUCAUGUGGCUAAAGUUUCUCCUCCUAUGGCGGUACUUUCGCUUCUGGUCCUUGACAUGUGGCAUUGAUGCCCCAGAAAAUAUGCCAAGGUGUCUCAAUAAUUGCUACAACUUGGAAGGCUUCUGGAAAAAUUGGCAUGCUUCUUAUAAUAAAUGGCUUGUCAGGUACAUGUACAUUCCUCUUGGGGGAUCCAAAAGGAAAGUGUUCAACGUCUGGAUUGUGUUUACAUUUGUUGCAAUAUGGCAUGAUUUAGAAUGGAAGCUCAUAUGGUGGGCGUGGUUGACAUGUCUAUUCUUUGUUCCUGAAAUGGUAUUGAAGUCAGCAGUGAGCGCAUUUAAGGCUGAGGGUGCCAUGACAGAGUUUGUUUUCCGCGAACUUAGUGCAAUUGGGGGUGCCAUCACAAUCACCGGUCUCAUGGUUGCAAACCUAGCUGGGUAUGUUAUUGGACCAUCAGGCAUUAAUUCAUUGGCAUCAAAAUUCUUGAAUAAACAAGGACUCCCUGUUCUGGGCGGCUUGUUUGUAACAUUUUAUUUGGCCACAAAGCUCAUGUUUCAYGUCCGUGAUGCUGAAUGGAGGUAAUAAGUGUUUUGUCAAUGACAUUUGACGAACUCUUGAGGUUGAAAUGCAAUAGUUGAAUGCUGAAUCUGACUAGUUGAGACAUCAACAAUAGUAUCUGAGGAUGUUGUGGUCCAUUCCAUUUGCUAAUGAUAUUCCUCUCAAGGAAUUUCUAGACUUCAAAAAGCUCCAGAGGGAAAGAAAAAUGAACCUUGUCAUUAAUGGAAGUUGAAAACAUUUGAAAUUCUAUAAUUAGUUUUGAUAAUAUUAAUUUCAAAAUUAAUUUCUAGAAAUGAAGAGACUAUUUUUUUUU